AUGGGCUAUGUCAAGCAAGACACAUGGCACGUGUCGAAGCGAAUUUUUUGGUACAUGUAUCUCUACCAUGCCUUGUUAAGUAAGCGGACGUGUGGUUAGAAAGACGUCCGACUUCUUAGCUAUAGGUAUAAGCUUCUGCAAUAACGGGUGUGAAAGAUAAAUAACUGCGAGAAAGAGACUACAUUUACUGUAUAUAAAACAACUUGGCAGGUCUAUUAUGAUUAUGGGGGGUGCGGGGUGGGGGUAUGGAUAUUUUCUGGAACUACACAAUUUAGAAAAAGUGUAAUUUCCCCGCACAAAAUAUUGUUCGAUGCUUAUUAUUAAUAAUGAUUGUUGACAAGUUUGCCACACAUACUUGUAUAUCACGGCACACCUUAUGUCUAAUAAUAACCGAACAAUUCACUACUGAUUGAAGAAAUCGUGAUGUACAACGUCUUUUCAUUCUUAAUUGUUUUAAUUUCUAUAAAAGGCGGCAAAGAUCUUGUUUGUCUAGUUUGCUUUUUCUUCCACAUCAAGACGAAAGAUGAUUGCACUUCCCCAACUGUUUACCCGUGUUUAGACUCGGCCUUCGGCAUAGGCGCACGGGCCGGGGGGGGCGAGGGGGGCUGCAGCCCCCCCAAAGUUUGGGCAACUCAGAUUUUUUGGGCAGCAAGAGAAAAUUUGGGCAAAGCCAGUUUUUAAAGACGUUUCCACGUUUUAUUAUUAUUAUUAUUUUGAAGAGAUAAAUAUUUUCUAUUUUAACCAGAGGUCGGCGUAAUAAUUCAGUUACGUUCACACGAGACAGUGUUUGCCUAGCACGUGAUGGGUUUCUGGUUAUAAGGGAAGGGUAUCAUAUGCUGAUUUUUUGCUUUGUUGGGCACUGUACUUCACUGUACUAGCUGGAGUGGGCUAUUUCCAGUCAUGAAUUGAUUAGAAUAAACUUCCGCAUAACUUUCUAGAAUCACCUCCGCUCCUAGAACAGUGUGUGACAGAACACGCAUCAGCAAUGGGUCUGAAAGUGAAGGGGCUGACCAAUUCUCAGUUUGAAUUACGAGAAGAAUCAUAA